CAAUCUAGCAUCUGCUCUGCUUUCUUCUGCUGUGUCGCUUGACGAUGACGUGGUAGCUAACCGGUAGGAAUGCGAGUUGUUUUUAAUCGUUCUCCCAAUACAUGCAUGGUGUUAAACCGGAGAGAAGGUUAAACCAAAGCGUCCGCAGGGGAGGCUGCAGGUAUGCACGUGUCGGUGCGGGAAGUCCACGUCUCAUCUGAGCCGGACUCUUCCUUCUUCCUGCGGGUGGACUGGAAGGGGCGGGGCUUAGGUUCGGGCUUCCAGGUGCUGCUGACUGACGGACAGGACGCUUGGAGAGGGGACGUGAGCGAGGCAGCAGUGUGCCAGGAGGCGGAGGAGCUGGAGAUGCAGCCGGAGAGGUACAUCCAGGACCUGGAGCAGGCGCUCACCGAGACUGAAAGCUCCGGCACGUACAGCUUCACGCUGACGCCGUCUCCACCCGACCGCCGCUCCGCGCUCACACUGGCGUACGAGAAGGUUCAGAAGGACAUCUCUUUCCGGUUGGGUUCGGUUCUGCUGAAGGCCGUCCCGGAGCCGGCGGAGGCAGUGAGAGAGUUCCUGAUCCACAGCCUGCAGCAGGGAAACAAACUGGAGCACCUUAACCAAAAACUGGACGAGGAGAACCAAAGACUGAGACAAGAACAGCAACGCAUCACUGCAGAACUGAAGCGUUACGUCGAGGGUAAAGAAGCCCUGGAAACAGAGCUGUACUCUCGGUUUGUUUUGGUCCUGAAUGAGAAGAAAGCUAAGAUCCGAAGUCUACAGGAAGCUGUCACACACCUGCAGGAAACCAGUUCGGAGGGUAAGAAAAAGGAGGAUUCAGUCAAAUCGGACCGGACGGCCAGUCAGGAAGAGGAUGACUACGCAGGAAGUACCGAUGAGGAGCCGGAGGAAGUGAAGUCGACUGCAGCAGCUUCCACGUCAUCGACCCGGGGACGCUCUUCUGCGAGCCCAUUGGACGACAGCCUUAAGGACAUCCCAGACGUGGCCCCCUGUCGCAAGCGGCGCUUCCGCCAACUCGAGACGCCGGACGCCGAGCCACAGAGCUCCCAGAGGAAGAGACACAGGACCGACCCCCAAGGAGGAUCCAGUAAGCAGCAGAUUCCCCCGCAGCGCUCUACAAAUGCUGCUGCACCAAAUUGUGAAGUCGAGGAUCUGUUUGAUGACUUUUGACUGGACUGUACAGAGACAGAGAGAUUUAGUAUAUUGGUUGGUAAAUGGGUCAUAUUUUUAUACAGACUACAUAUAUUAAGGGUCAUGGAUUGCAGUGGAAUUGUUAAUUUAAUUGUUGUAAUUGUUACUGUAACAACGUACAGAUGGUUGACAAAUGGAGGG